AUGUCCGACCCAAGACUGGUUGAUAUGGAGCCUGGUGGGGAGAGCACCCAAUAUGAAUCCAUUCGAGAAUUCACAAUCCCCCCUGAGAAGCAAACAGGGCAGUUAGGCGGUAUAGCUGACUUCAGAGCGGCUGUCAAAGGUGGCCAGUCCCAUACCAAAAGCGAGGCAACAGCCUUACCAGUCGCCACAGAUUCUCCCGCAUCGGACGCAGAAAAUGAGCUAGCACAGAAAUUGGGCAGGGGAUUCAUUAAACCCAGUAAAGAAGAUCUGGAUUUCGAUAAUGCAGGCGAUGCAGAAGCUGCGAAGGCCCGGAGACAGCAGGGGUAUGGGCCCGGCUCCGGGGUUGGGGGAUAG